AUGAACAUGCACUCACAAUUUUGUAUCCGCGUACAACAUGCCCAUGCCUGUGUUCAUUUACGCAUACAGAAUGUGUUAACCAGUUGUUCACCGUGUUCACCCAUAUCCAAAUGCAGACCGUGCGAUUUCGCUCGUCUUCGGGUCUGUGAUCUGGAGCUAGCUGGACUGACUGAGGUUGAGAUCAACCGAUUGGUCUGUCGAUUGCUAGAUCUCGGACUGCCGACCGGGAACUUACUACCCGCAUCAGAUAAUCCGAACGCAAGUCCGCCGGUAUGCGGGGCGUUCGAUCGGAUGCCGCUUAGCAAUCCGCAUCGAUCGAAACCUCUGCGUAAAGUAAGUGUAUGCGUUUUUUCGUCUUCUGAAUCCUGUCAAGUGCAUUUUGUUCACUUUGUUGUUCUCAUUAGUGAUAUCACUUGUUUCAUUUUACUGCUGAUGACCAUACAGCUGUGGUUAGUAGCUGAAUACUGA